CCCCGCGGCGCAUGCGCAGAGCGCAGGGCAAGAUGGCGCUGCUGCGGCAGGCCUACAGCGCCCUGUUCCGCCGCACCUCCACCUUCGCCCUCACCGUCGUGCUGGGCGCCGUCGUCUUCGAGCGCGCCUUCGACCAGGGAGCCGACGCGAUCUUCGAGCACCUCAACGAAGGGAAACUGUGGAAACACAUCAAGCACAAGUAUGAGGGCAGUAAAGACUGAAAUGUUCAGCAGCAGGAUCCAUCCUGGGGUGGCACAAGACCCUGCAGAGAAGGAUUCAGCCUCCUGGACCUGGUUGUGUGGAAAUGGGAAUGGAUUCCUGAUGGAACAACUCCGAGCCAGAUUAUAUCAGCCACCUCCUGAUAUGAUGUGAACCAAGAUGGACUCAGGGAGUUCUGCUGCUGUACUCACUGUGUUCAAAUAAAACCUUCUUGUUCUGUG